GUCUUUGUCUCGAGCCUGACGGCGUCGUCGCAGCAGAUCAGGAGACUUCGGCUCCGCUUGGAGGAACAUCGCCAGACUGUAUGGUGGAGAGCCGUUUCAUAUUUUUACCUUUUUCUGGGGACCGGCUGUAUGAUUAAGCUACAAUCUUCAAUGAGUAAGCAUAUCCCACAGUUCUGUGGUGUUCUGGGUCACACAUUUAUGGAGUUUCUGAAGGGCAGUGGGGACUACUGCCAGGCUCAGCACGCUGCCUAUGCAGACGAGUGAACAGCCAAACUCGCCAUCGAUCCGACGCACUUGAGCCACAGGAGGGACCCGGGAAAGUUGGCAGGACCGGGACGCCUCCCAGAACCAGCGACAACUCGGCCUGGAUGGGGUAACUCCACCCGCUGCACACUGCCCUCGUCGGCUUCCGCCUGGCCAGAAUCAAGGUGGAACCAGCCUUGUUUUUUUUUCUUCCUUUUCUUUUGUUUUAUUCCAAAGGAGAGGGUUUUGAGUUGUUUUCUGAUUGUCCGCCCUUUUUUCGGCCGCUAACUCCCUAAAUUUCCACAUUUGCCCGUCGCAACCUUCGUUUUUAUUUUUUUGCCAACCUUGAAGAAGACCGGAGGAUUUCUGUUUCUGGGUUUCUAAAAGCUCAUCGGACAUUUUUGUUUGACAUUCCCUCCGAGUUCAGCUAAGUGUUUACAUUAGUGUUUUUACUCUGUGGAAGACUUUUGUUAUUUUUUUACGUUGUCACCAUGGCUCGUAUGAACAGACCAGCCCCUGUGGAGAUCACCUACAAAAACAUGAGGUUCCUCAUUACCCACAAUCCCACCAACGCCACCCUGAACAAGUUCAUCGAGGAGCUGAAGAAAUAUGGAGUCACCACCGUUGUGAGAGUUUGUGAGGCCACCUAUGAUGCCACCCUGGUGGUCAAAGAGGGAAUCCAAGUUCUGGAUUGGCCGUUUGACGACGGAGCUCCCCCCUCCAACCAGAUCGUGGAUGAUUGGCUAAACCUGCUGAAGCUGAAGUUCAGGGAGGAGCCCGGCUGCUGCAUUGCUGUCCACUGUGUGGCAGGACUGGGGAGAGCUCCUGUUCUGGUCGCGCUCGCCUUGAUUGAAUGUGGGAUGAAAUAUGAAGAUGCUGUCCAGUUCAUUCGACAGAAGCGUCGAGGAGCGUUCAACAGCAAGCAGCUGUUCUACCUGGAGAAAUAUCGUCCAAAGAUGCGCCUGCGCUUCAAAGAUUCCAACGGCCAUCGCAAUAACUGCUGCAUCCAGUAGAGCCAAACCCUGAGCCACGCCAGCCCCCCAUUCAAUUCAACCCCGCUAGCUUAUUACCUGGCAGGCUUGUUUUCUUAGUCAUUGUGUUGAAGUAUUUUACUUUGGAAAACCAUGCUCGGUAAUUCAAACUGUCCCCUUCCUUUCUCCAGGUUCAAAAUCAAGUGUCAAAAAAAAAAAAGAAAAGUAAAAUGAGUUGUGUGAACCGGGAUCACCGUGUUUUCUCUUCAUGUGCCCGAAAAGAAAAAGAAAAAAAACAUUAGGAGCGCUGAGUCGUGUAUCAUUGUAAGAUGUCGGAUUAAUUGUUUUUCUUCAAACACAGCCCAAAGAUUUCUGAUUGGCCAGUGCGAUUACAUCGCCUGAGAAUGUGCUAAAAGAAAAAAAACAUUUUUAAUUUCACGUGAGCAAAUUAUGUACCCCCGUUCAAUUUUAGGGUUCCGUUUCAAGACUGACUAGAAAGAGGUAUGCCUUCCUUCAAAUCAGAUGGUUCAUCCAUAAAUGCCUUACAAUCGAAGUGAAACAAAGGCAAUGAAGGCGGGAGUCGACCCCCGCUGGCAUUUGGAAAAGGUGUUUCAUUUUUCUACUCGGAACAAAAAAAAGAAAUCGUUGCCUUUGUCUUGUGCAGGAAGUCUUACACUCACUUAUGCCCUUUCAGUAACUAUUUUUUAAUAUAAAAUGCUUAAUUGUUGCAAUAUUUGUCAAUUGAAAGUCUAGGAACUUUGUUUUUCUUUUCUCUAUCAAACCUUCUGUUUACUAAUUAACUGCCAUGUCCAAAAUGUGAUUUUGUUUUUUUGUUUUUUGGGGUUUUUUUUUUUGGUUUCUUUUUUGCUUCAAACUGGACUUCCAACGUCUGCGAUAUUUUGUAUGCCUUUUUAUUUGAUGUCCGUAACUUAAGACUUGGAUACUUGAUGAUUUUAUGUAUUUGAAAAUGUGUACUAUUAUUAUUAGGUUGGCUAUUUAUACUAUCAAUGGAUGUGUGAUUUAGUACCGUGAGCGACAAAGUUGUACCUGUUCACCAACUUGUGAGAGUACAUUAAAUGAUACACUGAAAAAAAAUUAAAA